UUGAUUUCCUCCGACGCCGAUUCAAGCUUCGAGGUGCGUGAAAUCUUGGUCUUUUUCGAUUCAUCUGGUUCUGUUCCACGGAUUCGGACUCGAGGAUCGUCCGCGAUGGAUGAAGAUAAAGGGAUGUUCAAUGUCCAACAGACGAUUGGUACGGUGCUCUGCUGCAGAUGCGGCAUCAGAAUGCAGCCGAACGCGGCCAACAUGUGCGUGAGGUGCCUUCGAUCGGAUGCCGGCCGCCUGCGCGGCGAGGGUUUUCCAAUUGACGAGGGAAUUGGGUCACAAAUCGGACGGGGAGACGAUCGAGUGGCUGCUGCAGCAGGCGGAGCCGGCGAUUAUCGCGGCGACGGGGACGGGCACCAUCCCGGCCAAUUUCUCCACCCUGAAUGUCUCGCUGCGGAGCAGCGGAUCAACUCUCUCCGCUCCGCCGUCGAAAUCGGCGCCGCUGCAUUCGUUUCACGGGGCGCUUGCUCUGGCGGCGGCGCAGCAGCAGCAUUACGAGGAACGGUUUUCCGCCGCGCAUCUGGGAUUCCACCACCACCAGCAGCAUAUGUUGUCGUCGGCGGAUCAAAUCGCGGAGGCUCUGCCGAGCGCCAGCGGCGGAGAUAGCGGCGGCGGUGGAGCG